AUGCUAAGUAUCGAUUUUUUAUUUGAAUUUAUUAAAAAUUCGUUUUCAAAUAAAUUGAGAUGUAAUCUUAUUAACUUUAAUAUUUCUGAUAUUCAUGAAUAUUCGUUUUGUGAUUAUUAUUAUAAAGAACUAACAAUUGUUAUUAAAAUAAUCACAAAAGAAUGUAAAAUAUGGUUUGUGGAUGAUUUUUUACAAAUAUACAGAAUAUAUAUUUUUGAAAAUGUAAAUAUAUAA